CCGCCCUGCCGGGAAGGGUCCCGAAAGGAGUCGGCGGCACAAAAUGGCGGCGGCGGCGGCGGCGGCGGCCGGAGCUCCGGGGUCGGCGGUCCCCGCGGCCGCGGCCGGCACCCCGAGCUCGGGGGGCGCCGCGCCCGGGUCGCAGGGGGUGCUGAUCGGGGACAGGCUGUACUCUGGCGUGCUUAUCACCUUGGAGAACUGCCUGCUGCCCGACGACAAGCUCCGCUUCACGCCGUCCAUGUCGAGCGGCCUGGACACCGACACGGAGACCGGCCUCCGCGUGGUGGGCUGCGAGCUCAUCCAGGCGGCCGGCAUCCUGCUCCGCCUGCCGCAGGUGGCCAUGGCUACGGGGCAGGUGCUGUUCCAGCGGUUCUUCUACACCAAGUCCUUCGUGAAGCAUUCCAUGGAGCAUGUGUCCAUGGCCUGUGUGCACCUGGCGUCCAAGAUAGAAGAGGCUCCGAGGAGAAUUAGGGAUGUCAUCAAUGUGUUUCAUCGGCUCCGGCACCUGAGAGAAAAGAAGAAACCUGUGCCUCUUCUCCUAGAUCAAGAUUAUGUCAACUUGAAGAACCAGAUCAUAAAGGCAGAAAGACGAGUCCUCAAGGAGCUGGGCUUCUGUGUCCACGUGAAGCACCCUCACAAGAUAAUCGUUAUGUACCUUCAGGUGUUAGAGUGUGAGCGUAACCAACACCUGGUCCAGACCGCAUGGAACUACAUGAACGACAGUCUUCGCACAGAUGUCUUCGUACGGUUCCAGCCCGAGAGCAUCGCCUGUGCCUGCAUCUACCUCGCUGCCCGGACGCUAGAGAUCCCUUUGCCCAAUCGUCCGCACUGGUUUCUUUUGUUUGGAGCAACUGAAGAAGAAAUUCAAGAAAUCUGCUUAAAAAUCCUGCAGCUUUAUACACGGAAAAAGGUCGACUUGACACUUUUGGAAAGUGAAGUGGAAAAGAGAAAGCAUGCUAUUGAAGAGGCGAAGGCACAGGCUAGGGGCCUGCUGCCUGGGGGAGCCCCAGUGCUGGACAGCGCUUCAGGGUUCUCACCUGCCCCCAAGCUGGAAUCCCCCAAAGAAGGCAAAGGAAGUAAGCCUUCCCCACUGUCUGUGAAGAAUGCCAAGAGGAAAGUGGAGGGCAGGAAGAAAGCUGAGGCCGACAGCCCCGUGAACGGCUUGCCAAAGGCACGAGAGAGCCGGAGCAGGAGCCGUGAGCAGAGCUACUCGAGGUCUCCGUCACGGUCUGCUUCUCCUAAGAGGAGGUCGCGCCUCUGUCAACCCCUCUGGGUGUGUCCUGGCCUGGCUGGGACAGGCAGUCACACGUGUGGUCCCAGGUGUGCUGUCCUUCCUCACAGAAAAAGCGACAGCGGCUCUACAUCUGGCGGGUCCAAGUCACAGAGCCGCUCUCGGAGCCGGAGUGACUCCCCACCGAGGCAGGCACACCGAGGUGCGCCCUACAAAGGCUCCGAGGUGAGGGGCUCCCGGAAAUCCAAGGAUUGCAAGUACCCCACCCAGAAGCCACACAAGUCCCGGAGUCGGAGUUCAUCUCGAUCUCGAAGCCGCUCACGGGAACGGGCAGAUAAUUCUGGAAAAUAUAAGAAGAAAAGUCAUUACUACAGAGAUCAGCGGCGGGAGCGUUCAAGGUCAUAUGAGCGCACAGGCCAUCGCUAUGAGCGGGACCACCCUGGACACAGCAGGCAUCGGAGGUGAGGUGGGUCCCUCAUGGCCGUCAUGGACCUUCCCAUGGGGCGCGCGUGGCUCAAGUGGCCCUGUGGCCAUGAUAGUUUUUGGAAAACUUUUUUGACUCUGGACCUUGAGAUGCACUUGGAAAUGGAUUUGAGGGGGUGGCGAGGUGCCCUUAGGGUGACCUGGGGCAUGGCACACACCUGUCCCAGGUGAGGUUGUCCUCAGCUGGAGCCCUAUGGGCAGCUCCAGGGGAAAGCAGAGGCACACAUCCUGUUGGUGUGGCUGGGUGCUAUCGACAAGCUGUUCCUUCACUCCCGUACUGAUGCUCAAUUACGUUAAGCCAAGAAAGAUGAUUUUUAGAACCUUUGCCUAUAUUAGGUUGUACUUAUGUACAUAUUUUGCGGUGUUUCACAAUGAGAAAAUGGCCUUAAUAGCCCUUUAUUCUCUAUCCACAUUGUAAAUAAACAUGUGUUUAAUACAAGGAAAGCUAUGUAUGAAAACUCAGAACUGGAAUUCUGCCAGCUUAAAACUUGUGUAGAGAAUUCUGAUUUUUAAAAUGUGAAGGUAUUUAGGUCUGUGUUGAAAGUCGUAUAUUUUUAUCUGUGCAAUGCUGCGUGCUGGCCACCAGCUCCCAAAUAGAGAAGUUUCCUAUAUAUGCAUUUUACGUGGUUGAAUAAACAGUUCUCUUCUCAGGACACUUGGGAUGUUACAGGCUUUUUAGGUUGUCAUUCUGCUUGCUUGUGAGCUAUUAUGGCACGUCUGAGCUACCAUCCCUGCUCCCUGCUGUCAUUAAAGUGUUAGAUUUUUGUACUGAG